AUGGGUCCAGAAAGAACACAGAGGAAAUAUGCAUUUGUUGAAGAACUGUUGGCUACUCCUUCUUCCUCUAAUGAAGUAUUGGGUAUGUUGUCUCCCCUGCUUGAAGAUGAAGUUGAUGAUGAUAGUGAUCAUAUUAUAUUGGAAAUGGAGGAACGCCGUGGGGCAGGAUCGAUCUUUGAUCAAUACCGUUCCUUAGUUGGUGCCUCUAAUGUGUUUCAACAUCAUGCUGAGGAGGUUGAUGUGUCUCAGAUUGAGUAUCCAGGAAAGUCGUCCUCGAAGGGUGCCUCUUUGAAGAGACCUCGUCAAGAUGAGUCUGUGGAGGAUAAGCAUCAGGUUGGAUGA